AUGAUACCGACUCCAGACUUGUCGCACCUGACUAGUCAAGAUUUCGGCAAAAUAUACGAACCUGCCGAGGAUACCUUUUUACUUUUGGAUGCUUUAGAACAAGAUCAAGAUCAAAUUCAAGCUUUACAACCAAAGAUUUGUUUGGAGAUAGGAUCUGGAUCAGGAUGUGUUACCACUUUAUUGGCCAAAGUUAUUGGUAGUCAAGCAUUAUAUUUGACUACAGAUCUUAAUCAACAUGCUUGUAAGGCCACUUUUCAAACAGGACAAAAAAAUCAAGUUGAUAUUGAAUGCACGCGUACAAAUUUGGUGAAUGGACUUUUACCUCGAUUAUUUCAUAGUGUGGAUAUACUUUGUUUCAAUCCUCCUUAUGUUGUCACACCAUCUAGUGAAGUAGGUAGUUUUGGUAUUGAAGCUUCUUGGGCUGGAGGUAUUGAUGGUCGUGAAGUCAUUGAUCAAUUCCUUCCUCUUGUAUCGGUAAGAGAUUUAUUAUCUCCUCAUGGUGUCUUUUAUCUGUUGUUGAUCAAUGAAAACCGACCAUUGGAUGUCAUGGAUAUUUUGAAAGGAUAUGGAUUGACAUCAUACAUAUCAUUGGAACGACGAGCAGGUCGUGAAAGGCAGUACAUAUUGAAAAUACAACGAGAAUCAUAG